GAAAAAGUUGACAUUUUAAAUAAAAAAUUUCAAAAAAUUACAGUUUAAAAUCUCAGCUUAAACAGUGAAGUUCAUAUUAACAGAACAAAACAAAUUUUAAUAAAAUGGCCGCCGUUAUUAAAUUGUUCUUGGUUCUUGUAGCCUUCAUCUGUUGCAUGCAAUUGGUUGAGAUGGCCCGUUUGCGCCGUGAUGCCCCUGAGAAAAACCCCAUCGAUGAAUUAACCACUCUUUUCCAAAAGGCCACCAAGGACUUCACUCAAACUGUUGAAGAAAGCACUGUCUUGAAGGAAAUCAAAGAAAAAUUCAGCAACAUUAACUCCGAUGAUGUUAAGAAAGCUGUAGAAGAAGCCGGCAAGAACACCAAGGAAAACUUGGACAAAUUCCAAGACUUCUUCAAGAACGUCGUUGAUGCUGUCGCCAAGGAAAUGAAACACGAUUAAAUAUUAUAUAUUUAAGAAAAUAAAAAUAAAUAUUUUUUAUACAAAACCAUAA